GAAAACCGUGGCUGCAAGCGCAGCUUUGGGAACGAGUGGGCAGCCCAGUCCAAACAGGUUUAGGAACUUGGGUGAUAUGCGCAUGCUCAGACUCGGGAAGCUUCACGAUUGAUGGAUUCGGGUUUCCCGGGAGACGCUAAGGGCGUGCAGAAAAGGUGAGGAAGGCUCACUGUUUCAUCAGAUUCUCCAGGGGCUCCCUUAAUCCUACAAGCUUCAAGAACUGGUACUGCACCAUUAACCCAGAGGAAACCUGGUAGGAGUCACGCUGAAUACUGAAUAAAUACUGACAGGUUGGCACACCGGAAGUGACGUCAGCACAUUUUGCUGGUUCGGUAUUGCUGUUAGUAGUGAAUCAAAAAGUCUAUGUUUAUGAUUAUGAAGCCAACUUCUGGACUGCAUCUACAGGCAUACAACACCGUGUGUCACAUGUAUCUGGGGACAACUGUUGCUACGGUGGAAAUUCAUUCUGCAUGGUGAGCACUAUAUGUCGUUAUCUCAUUUUCUACUCUGCUGUGAGCAGAGAUAAAUAGGAAUGGAAAUAAGGACAGUGUAAGCCUUGAGGGCUGGGAGUGUGGUGGACUCAGGCUGUGUUAUCUCACUGGGUUCAGAAGAGGACCUGAGAGAUGGGAGGGGCUCAUCUGGCUGACACACUGAAUAUAUUCAUCUUCUUUUUUUUUUAAUGUGUUAUUUUGAAAUAAUUAUAGGUGUACAGGAAGUUGAAGAAAUUAUACAGAGUCCCAUGUAUCCCUCAGCUAGUUUCCCUGAGCGGUUACAUCUUAUAUGACCAACUACAGUGAUACAAACAGGAAAUUGAUAAUCAGGGUACAACUGUGUCAAGUCAGAGAACUGCUACUGCCAUCAAAAUACUGAACUGGGGACUUCCUGGUGGUCCAGGGGUCAAGGCUGUGUGCUUCCACUGCAGGGGGCACAGGUUCAACCCCUGGCUGGGAAACUAAAGUGCCAAAAGCUGCACGGCACAGCCGAAAAGUAAAAACAGCAACAGUAAUAAUAAAAUAAAAUGUUGAACUGUUCCAUGGCCCCAAAGCUCUCCAUACCUCCCUACCCUGCCCUAGCGCCUGGCAAACACUAAUGUUCUCCAUCUCUCUAAUUGUAUCAUUUCAAGAAUGUUCUAUAAAUGAGGUCAUACAAUAUGAAACCUUUGGAGACUAGCUUUUCUCAGCAAAAUUCUCAGGAGACUCAUCCAAUUUGUUACAUAUAUGUUACUAGUCUGUUCCUUUCCAUUGCUGAGUAAUUUUCCAUGGCCUGGAUGUACCAGAAUUGGGUUGUUUCCACUUUUUGGCUUUUAUAAAUAAAAUCACUAGAAACGUUCAUGUAGCUUUUUGGUGUGGACACCAAGUUUCCAUUUCUCUGGGAGAAAUGCACAGGAAUGUGAUCAUUGGCAUCUGUCUCCCCACUCCCUUUUAAUUAAAAAAAAAACUUUAUUUUUCUCGCUCAUCUUUUUAUUUUUCUCGCUCGCAGGAUCUUAGUUCCCCAACCAGGGAGCAAACCCUCACCCCCUGCAGUGGAAGAGCGGUGUCUUAACCACUGGACUGCCCAGGAAGUCCCUUUUUUUCCCCCUAUUUUUUCUCUCCACCCACCCCCUUUUUAAAUUGAUGCAAUUGACAUACCACCCUGUGUAAAUUUAAGGUAUACAAUGUGUUGAUUUGCUACACUUACAUAUUGUGGUAUGAUUACCACCACAUCAUGUCAUAAAAUUAUCAUUUCUUUUUAUGGUGGGAAUAACCAAGACCUGGUUUCUUAGCAAUUUUGAAGUUUCUAAUCUAGUAUUGUCUGUGAUCACUAUACUGUGCAUUAAGACCUCCAGAACUUAUCUACCUACUUAAAGAACAUCUCCCCAGCUGCCACCCCAUUCCACCUUUUAUCUCCUUUUAAAGUAACUGUUUUAUGUGUGUGUUCUUCCAGGAUAUAAGUAACUCGGUUUUUGCUUAUUUGCGUGGAGAUCAGGUAUCUCAGGCCAACAUCUAUUUCUCAAACUCCCGAGGAUACAGAUUUCAGAAGUACGCCCAGGAAAGACGUGCAGAGCUAGUCGGGACCUUUGGGGGGAUCUUCUCCUUUCACUCCCUGUCACAGGUUGGGCUGCUUCUUGUUGACGAACAGAUGGCCAUGUUCAGCUACUCUGACCAUCCCUUGAACCGCAGCUUUGGGCUGCCCUUUGACUAUGACAGGGCCCUUGACAUCCUCAUCGCCCCGGGCCAGAAAGGCAUCCUUAUCUUUUGGUCUGAGAAGAACCUGCUGGUUUCCCGAAACUCAGGUCAGCUGGUCGAAUCUGUCCAGGUGCGAGAAGGACAACGCAUCUUGUAUAAUUCCAUUGUCAAAGCCAACAUCACCAUCCACAGCGUUGCUGCCAAUGAAAAUGAACUGGCAGUUUUGACUGAAGAGAAUAAUUUAUAUUAUGGCAGCCUGGGAAUCCAGUCGAGUUCUCUGAUCAAAUUUGCAGACCAAAACAUCUGGUCCCAAGAGGCGGUCCUGAUGUUCACUGACGUGGGGAUGCUGGAAAUACUGACCCCGCUUCCUGACGUGCUCUUUCCAGCUUUCGAUUUCCAGAAGUGCCGCCUGAAUAUCCAAGCCCUUCUCAUGGAUCCCCAACUCCAAGCUGGCGUCUGCAAAGUGGAGCUUCUGCAAGGGGAAUUUGAAAACAAAAUGUACACCAUUGACAUGAACAGCCAGUUGGAGUUGACGGCCCUAAUGAUACCCCGGCCAGGCACGUUACCUGUCCCACUAGUAACGGUCAGCAACCCCCACUCCCUGGGGCUGCAAGCGGUCAUCUGUGAGGACGGCUACACCUACGAUGGCAACACCAAGCACAGACUGAACAUUUCCCUGAAGCAACAGCACCACCGGGGCAGGGCUGACCCCAACUUCACCUCCAGCAUAAAGAGACCCACAAUAUCUACCAUCACUCUGGACAUCGCCAACAAAGAAAUUUCAUGUGUGGACCUCAAGCCACUGACAGCACUCAUCUCAGUGGGGUGCGACCUGGAGAAGAAGAUCGUCAUUCAGAAGUGGCUGCCCCUCCCCGCCAUGGACUUGGGUGAUAUUCAGCUGUUCUUUCUGUUCCUUCAGCCUCUGCUCAUUCUCUUUCUCCCUUUUAAUCCUGACCUUUCAGCAUGUUACCACGGAGUCCUCGACCCUGUGGCCCUUCAGGACAACUACAGCUACAUCAUUGAGAGGGAAGCCUAUGACCCCAACUUCCAGGGGCAGCAGGCCAAGGAAGACCUGGAGGUGCAUUACCCCUAUGAGAAGCUGGGCUGCCCCCUCCUCGCCUACUAUGACAUCCCGUGGAAGCCGGUGGUGGAGCUGUGGCGCGAAGGCAAGUUCCAGGAGGUGGUGGAGGCCGAGUAUGUCCUGCUGGAGAUGAACGGGCUGUUCACCUACACGUACUCCCUGACGGCCGGCACGGCAGGCUGCAGUGCCCAGCCGCAGAACUGGACCACCAUCACCCAGACGGCUGGCGACACAGCGCCCUUCUCCUGGGACCGUGAGAAUUACAUGAGCUGCCAUGACCCCAACUACCAUGAACCCUUGAGAUGGCCUGACGUCCCAUAUCAGAUCUUGGGAGGCCAAACAGAGAACAAGGUUGUUUUCGACCAAAGAAACGGCAUCUACAUCUUCUUCAUUUCUAUCGUGGAUCCAUCCUACAGCUACUGUCGCCUGAAGACCACCUUCAGCGUCUACGUCUACGGGGCCUUCCCACUGUCCAUCUUCCCGCCGGAGAUCACCAUUGUCCUGCUCACCGCGGCCACCUUGCUGUCCGUGUGGCUGGCUUACAUGAUCCCCCAGCUGCUGCACACCGAGCAGGGCCUCGAGGUCAACGGCUUCUGGGUCAGACUGUACCAAAGAUGCAGGAAGUCUUGUGCAUGUCUCUGGGGCAGGUGCUGAGCACCCGUGGAGGGUGGGAAUGCCAGGGAGAGGGCAGAGUUGUUGUAAAGGGUUUGUGAAAAUAGCCAGUGGCAGCAUGUA